AUGGAGCCGUUCGAUUGCCCAUGCGGCUGCUGCGAGGCGCUCCAAUCGCGGGAUGCCUUCGCGGCCGGCUUCGCCAAAGCUGGGGCAGACGGUGCGUUGCGUGUGCCGAUUUGCCGAGAGAGUGUGCCUUUUGGCACCACCAUGGUAUUGCACCACCAUUGA